AUGUCCCAACCCUCUACGCCCACGUCGCCUUCAGCUCCUCAGGCGGAGAUAAUCCAACUUUGCUCUCGCCAUUUCACUUCUAUUCCACUCUCUCUAAGCCGUUUCCAACGGCGAUGGUUUUUAACUUUUCCUCGUGCAUACGGACUACCGGAUCCAGACAGUCAACGCAUCGUCUGCGCUCUGAAUUCUCCAGACUACUCGGCGCCAGACCAACAUGCUCGUAGUCACUUUUGGCUAAACCCCUCAUGCCGGUCCCAACGCUACAAUCCUUCCGAUAGCACGACCAAAUAUUCCGCAGUAUCUCCCAUUCAUUUACUACUCGACUCGGACUACCCAGUAGCGAGGCUGACCGGCCGCAUACGGGCUGAGCCAUCGAAUGACCCUCACGACGGAGGGAAACGGAUUGCGUGUUAUGAAGUGGAGGUCGUUACGCCUGACAGUGGACUUUUGAGACAGUGCUACUAUUGCUUGUCAUGGGAGGCUACCGGAAAGACCGAUACGCGUUUCAGUCCCAGUGGAAAUGAUAUCUAUUGGUGCUGUUCGGUAUGUCUUUGUGUUAUAACGUCAAUUCUCUCUAACUCGGGUUAUUCAGUGCGAGGCGGCUGGUUGGGUUAG